UUACCUUUACAGCCCGCUAUUAUAGUACUAUUUGUUUCCCAUCUUUAUUCGCAUAAUUAUGCUUCCUCCACUGUGACUAGUUAUUUAUCUGCUAUCGGCUAUGCCCAUAAGUUAGCAGGUGUGAAUGAUCCAACGGAAACUGCGAUCAUUCGUCAAAUUCUUAAAGGUUAUCGCAAGUUAGCACCGGUACGUGAUGUACGUCUUCCUAUUACACUACCAAUCUUGCGGCAGCUUGUUGCCUCGUUUCAGCGCACUACAGAGUCAGCCUACCAGUUAAAGAUGUUUUCAACUAUGUGUUAUGUAGCCUUUUUUGUGUUUUUACGUAUCGGCGAGAUAACAGUUAACGGAAUGACGACCCAAGGGCGAGUCUAUCUUUAUGUCGAGGGUCGAGGAUAAGAAUUUAUUUAUUUAUUUUUUUUAAUUUUUUGAAAAAUGGAAAACAAAUGGAAAACAAAUAAGAAGAAUUUAAAAAAACAAAUGGCAAUAAAAGGAAAAGGUAGGCCUACACGACUUUUACCUCAUGCCAAAAUGCUGCUUAUUCCAUGCAAUAAAGUUUUUUUCUCUGCUGGGUAGAUUAUGCUCUGGAGGGUUGUACAUUUUCACUGAGAAAAUGUGAUUUUAGGCGCAUGUUUCACACUGAGAGGUCAUGACACACAUAUCGAUUUACUGUGCAGGAUUUGCCCUUUGAUAGUCAUACUAGCGCAUUUCAUUUGACCUCUUUUGAAGUGUAAAGCUUUUUAUGACGGCUAAAUAAGGGUUCCAAUGUUCUCCAAAGUGCCUUCUGGAUCUGAAUAACUGAGUGAUUUUCUUUGGUCCGUGAGUGUAAUGUUUUUCUGCAACGCCGUACCACGCUGGGCGCAGCUCGUUCGUUUUCUUUGCAGAAUGUUAUACACGGAUAGUGAUGUACAGAUCCAAAAUUAUAAGAAUGAUGUGCAGCUUAAACUCUCGGCUUAAACUGAAGCUACACCAACUUACUAUGGAGAAUUGAAUUGUGACUCAGUAAACUCCAGCUUAGUGUUUUUCUAAAGAUAGUGUGAGUCUUUUGACUGGAGCGCGUAGUUCUUCCCUAGAUAAUAGCUUUGAAUAAGCUUAACAGUCUUUGGUAAUUGAAGGAGUUUAUUAUUGCGGCGCGACUCGGGCGAUAGCAUCAUCACUCCAGCUACGCACCUACGUACCUAGGUCACGAUUUCCGGUGUCGGUGAUUAUCGAUGACUUGUAUUUUAAAAUUUCAAGGCGAGUUUCUACUUCGUUGAAAGCACGACAAUUCGGUCACAUGCAGUGGGAUAGCUUAAAAAACAAGAAUCGGUGAAAUAUCCAUAUUCAAACUACCCCACUGAACAGCCAAGCAAGGCAGAGAAGAGGCAGACGUGACUGAAAUAUAAGCCUAAGCAGUCCCCCUGCCUAAGCGCUAUAAUUUUUUUUUGGCACAACCUGUCUGCCUUCACAGGAAGGGAGAAGGUUCUUUGCUUUUAAGCGAAUUCGAAUGUCAACGUAAAAUUUUAAUUAAACAACAACAACAACACCACAUUUUCUUUAAAAAAAAUUGAAAAAAAAAUUACCCUCGACAGGGUACCCUCGACCCACGACAUGGAACCCUCGACCCUCGACAAAAAGAUAGACUCCCCAAGGGCAGGUCGUAGCUCUUCAACUGACAAUUUAUAAAUAUAAUAAGCACAGUACUAAUGGGCGCCCAUUUGUUAUUGACAUCUUUUAA